UAGUGUACAUCUCUAAAGAUGUCUAUAUAUAGAUCCAGAAGACCAGACUACAUUAAUAUAGAUCUAGUAAUACUCAAAAGUGUACAAAGAAUAGGACAUAUACAAGAUCUAUGAUCUAAUUAAAACAUUAAUAACUUGUACAUUAACAUUUUAAUUCACGGCAAAGAUUGUUGCAGUCAUGCUAAAACAGUUGCUUGUUGUGUUUAUUGGUGCAUUGUUGAGUCAAGGUUCCACUGCACCAACUUAUAAAGCUCAAAACAAUGAGGACUGGGAGUUUUUGCUGCUGGCACAGUUUUGGCCAACAACAUCAUGCUAUUACUUUAGGGAAUCAGGAUGUUCUGUGCCAGAAAAAGUAAACAAUUGGACCAUUCAUGGAUUGUGGCCAUCUAAUGCAAACGAACCACAGCCUGAGAACUGCAAUAGCUCCAUGCCUUUUGAUUAUACACAGAUUGAGAGUUUGAGAGACAGACUUGAUUUGGAGUGGCCAUAUUAUAACAAGAGUGGUGCUAGAACAUUUCUAUGGGAACAUGAAUGGAACAAACAUGGAACCUGUGCUUACAAUUUACCCACAUUGCAAGGAGAAAUGAAUUAUUUUACCAGUGCAAUGAAUCUUUACCAGACCAUCAAUUUAUUUGGUGUUUUGAAAGCUCAUGACAUUGAACCAUCAGAAGAAAAAUUUCAAGUCCAAGAUAUUUUUAAUAUUCUUAAUGAACAUUUUCAAGCUAAGCCAAAUAUAAUUUGUUUACAUAACUCAGAGAAAAAUGUGUAUUACAUUGAAGAAAUUUGGUUAUGCUUUAACAAAGACUUGACUGCACGUGAUUGUGAGGAGAUUCCUGUUCACACUGAGACUGCUCUCAAGUUUACUAGUGAGACAGACUCUCUGUUUCGGAAAACCAAAGGCUAUAUAAAAGAUUGUCCCAAGGAUGGAGAAGUUUAUUAUUUGCCUAUUUCACAUAAGUAAAUAAAUACCAGCCAGAUAAUAUGUUAAGUCAUUUAUGACUCAAGUUAAUUUUUUUUUUAUUAGUAACAGUAGUUUUAUUUUGUCAGACCAUACAUAUUUUUGUUCUAUUUUACUUUAUCAGAAAUGAUUAUAUUUCUUGUUACUUGAUAUUAUCAGCUUUUUGAUAUUCUACAUUAUGUUUGUGACCAAUUCUCAUCCUCAAUCCUUGUAAAAAAUUGUGCAGUUAAAACAAAUGUUGAUACCACUGUUGGAAAGUGUGGAGCUAUAAACAAAGUUUCAUAACAUUUCAACUUGGUCUAGAAGCUGAGCUUAUUUUUCAAAGUUAUACUUCAAUUGAUGAGAUAUUGGACAUGUGUUGUUUUCUUGUUUCAAUGCAAUUAAUAUUUUUUAUUAAGAUGUACACUACUUUGUUUAAAAACUUUCACUAUUUUAAUAAGUUAUGAAACUCAGAGCUUAGAGUUUAGAAAAUAUUAGUUUGAUAUUUGUAAGAAACAAAACUUGGACUAGAAUUUAUGAUCUAAUUCAAAAGAAAACAAAAAAAAUACAUAGAGAUAAGUGAACAUCUAAACUUAGUUUAUCACAUCUUAAACUUAGCUGCUGAAUACAACUUGAGUUGAUGUAUGAAGUUGAUAGAAUUAUUUGACACUGACACACUACAUUGCUAUGACUUUUUUUUUUUUUUUUUUUCAUUUCAAAUAAUAGUGUUUUAAUAAUGGUAUGAUAUUGUGGUACUCUUUAUAUAUUCCAUCAUUCCAUUUCUGUUUUGUUUCUGUGUUGCUAAGUCAAGUAAUGAAGUGAAGUCCAACUCAGUCUGGUAGGAGUCUUUAUCUGUGCAAAUCACUCAGUUCAGCUAUGCAAAAGGUUUUUGACUAGGAAGUCAUGCACAUGUCAUAACUUUAAUACUUUUUUAUUCCCACUUUUUGUUUUUUUAAAGUUGCCAAUGUUUGCACUAUGGGCUGAGUCUGAAUAUCUCCAGGUCAUAGACCUAGUCCAUAGGCACCAGUGACCUAGUGCAAUGAAAGGUGACAUUCUGAGACACAAGGUAUAUACUAUUUGCUACGAAUAGUUUCAUUUUGAACAAAUAUAAUAAAAUAAGGAAAGUACUAUAACAUUUUAAUAGAGUUAUAGCUGAGAUCAUACUAUUUUUAUUAAAAAAUAAUAAUAGCUUUUUUGUUUCAUCAAUUUAUUUAGACACAAAAAGUCAUUGUGAUUGUGGUAGUGACUUCAGACAAAAAGUUACAGAUCUGUUUUCUAGAUCAAAACUACUAAUGUAAUGUAAUAGUAUAAAAAUGUAUUAGGCUAAUGGUUCAUAUUACAAACUUUCUCUCUUCAUAAAGAAAAAAUCACUCCAUUAUCAAUCAGAUCAAAACUUCAUUGUGUUCCUUGUAAACAUAGACAAUGCCAUGACUCUGUGCUGAUCACAUUUGUUACUUUGAUUGCAUUUGUCUCCCUUGUUUUCCCAGAGAUCCCUGCAUUCAUGUUUAUACAUAUAUUUGACAAAAGCUAAAAAAAAAAAACCCAGAUAGAUUCUUACUUGAUGUUCAAAUACUAUGGUCAACUCAACAUUCAUAUAUUAGUUUUGAUCAUUUCUCUUACCUUUGCAUUGGGGCAGACAUGUGGAAAUAGGAUAUUAUUGAUACUCAGUAAUACAAAAAAUACAAUAUAGCCUAAUUGUUAGUUCCUCAGAGUCCCAUUACAUUAAUACAGUAAAUAUUUUCAAAUUAAUUCAAUAAUGAAUGAAGUGAUCAUUCUGAAAUUAGUAUAAACUGUGUUUGACAGCAUGUUCCAGAAUUUCAGCUGGAUAGGAGAAUAAAAAGUUGUCGCAAUAAAGAAAAAAUGUAAACUUUUUUUUUUGGACUAUGACUUAAAUGUGAGUAAAUAGGAACAAGUAACAAAAGGAACAAGUGAAUAUAUAUAUUUGUUUUGUGCUUGUGAUCCAUUUUUUUUAAAUGCUUUGAAGAAUUCUGGGAAAACAAUAUUUUUAUACUGA